AUGGCCCACGCGUUCCUCUCCCACGGUAUCCUGCCCACGGGCCCAUGGCGGUGCCCGCCACGAAUGGGAUGGCUUGGCGUGGGAUCGGUGAAAGGGGAGGGGCGCAUGCGGUGGCAUGGCGGCACUGAGAGGCAGUGGCGGCUGGGCGUGAGCGAGAACACGACGGAGGGUGCGGUGGGGGAGGCGGCGGUCGAUUCUGUGGGCCCGCCGCGUACGACAAGGCACGUGGGCGGGGAAGACACGCUGGAGGUCAAGACGCUGAGGGACGUCCUGAAAGCAAGGGACAGCCCCUUUGCUUGGAAUGACAACGCUGGUGGUGGUUUUGUGGAUGAUGAUGACAAAGUGAACCUCCACUCCGUGAAGCUUGCCCACCCUUCUCCCAUGGCUGACUGUGACCAUGGCAUUGAGGACAUGGCUUUUGAUGAAGACUUGUGUUACCCUCUCCCACAGUACGCUGUUCGAUCAGGGCCUAGAAAGACGAUCUACUUUGAGCCAAGUGAGGUCAGCGCUGCAGUCGUCACUUGUGGGGGGCUUUGCCCUGGCCUGAAUGAUGUCAUCCAGUCCAUCGUCAGCAAGCUUGUGGACUAUGGUGUGGCGGAGGACAACAUUAUCGGCAUCCAGUAUGGCCUGCGGGGCUUCUACGAUCCCUCCAUAAGGCCCAUCACGCUCCACAAGGAGCUGGUGAACGAUAUACACCUCAGAGGAGGGACGAUGCUGGGCACAUCAAGGGGUGGCGCAGAUGUUGAGCGCAUUGUCAAGCGCAUCGACCUCUGGGGUCUGAAUAUGCUCUUCGUGGUUGGAGGCAAGGGUGGCAAUGCUGCAGCCAAUGCGAUCCAGGAAGAAUGUGAGAGACGGGGUGUCGUGUGUGCUGUGGUUGCGGUGCCCAAGUCCAUCGACAAUGACAUCCUGAUUGUUGACAAGUGCUUUGGCUACGACACAGCGUGUGAUGAGGCCCAGCGCGCCCUACUGGCAGCAAAAGUGGAGGCACGGAGUACCCGCCGGGGUGUGGGACUGGUCAAACUGAUGGGAAGGAAUAGCGGCUUCAUCGCCACCAAGGCAUCCAUGUCAUCAGGUGUGGUCGACAUCUGCCUCAUUCCUGAGAUCCCUGUGAACCUCGGGAAGCUCCUGAGCUAUGUGGAGACUGUGUUGCAACGUCAGGGCCACUGUGUCAUUUGUGUGGCGGAAGGCUGUGGACAGGACUUGCUGGGCAAGACUGGGGACGUCGAUGCAAGCGGCAACCCCAUCUUGAAGGACAUAGGGCCAUACCUCAAGGAGGAGAUCAAACGAUACUUUGAGGAUGAUGUGGAUGUCAAGUACAUCGACCCCACGUACAUGAUUCGCGCCAUCGUGCCUAUCAGCAGCGAUCGUGUGUACUGCAAGAUCCUUGGGCAGGGCGCCGUGCAUUCUGCCUUUGCAGCAUACACAGGCAUCACUGUCGGCCUCAUCAAUACCCACUUUGCCUAUUUGCCCAUCCCAGACAUCAUCCAGGCGCCCAGAAGGAUCAACCCCAGGGGACGGAGGUGGAACAGGUUGAAGACAGCCAUCAACCAGCCAGAUUUUGUGUGA